AAUUUACUUAACGUUAACUUAAAUAAUAAACAAAAAAAGAGUGCACUGAGUGCAAUCGAAUCGAAAUCGCCAUUAAAUGAUGGUGUAAAGCACUUGUAAAGUGUAAAAUUCCCUCUCUCUGCUCGCUCACUAAAAAAAUUUAAAUAAUCAUCAAUUUUGCAUUCUAUUUUUUGUUAUUUGAUUUGUUAAUUAUUGUUGAUCGUGUUUGGCUUUACAUUGCAAAUCUGAAUUUUCCUUUGGAUUUUCUGCAAUAAUUCACCAUCUAUAGACGCCUUCAUAAGGAUACUUGUGAGCGAUUGUGAUCGUGAAUGGUGAUAAUAUUAUUUUAUCUAAUUUCAUGUGCCUCCAUUCAAUAUAGAACUAUUUUCAAAUUUGAACAUGGAUAAAAAAACAACAGAGGUUUUGAUAAGCCAGGCUUUAAACAAAGUAGUUACUACCACCCAAUGUAAAUUGUGUGGAGUUAAAAUGGAUAAUUCUUCUGCACAAAAAUCCCAUUUGUCUAGCAAAAGACAUAAGGAUAAUGUAACUUUGUUUAAAAAAAAAAUACAACAAAAGGUCAGUAGCAAUUUGGAAAAUGCAAGGCCUGUAAAAGUUCAUAUUCCUCCUAAAGCCAAACCAUUCAAUUGCAAAGCCUGUAGCAGGAGCUUUGGGGCACAACCGGAUCUUGAUAAUCACAACAGUACUGAAUCGCAUCUAAGAAAUGUUGAAUGCUAUUGUUCUAUUUGUUGCCUUCUCAUGCAACGCAAAGCAGACUUGUGGGAGCAUUUAAAAACUGAACGCCACAAUAGCAAUCUAGCAACUUUAGGCUAUCCUCCUAUCAACGGAAAAUACAGUCCAUUUUGUAAAACAUUGGCAAAUGGUUUGGAAUAUCGGAUGUACUCUGACUAUUGCUAUAUAUGUGAAACUAAAUUUCUUACAACUGAACUAUCCGUCGGACACUAUACUAGUUUAGACCAUGAAAAGGCAGCUGAAUUGUGGCUCGAGAAAUAUUGUAAUGUUCCAAGCAAACAAGAGGUUGUGAGUGAAUCCAUGCCCAAAAAAUCUAAAGAAUCGAAACUUGCUCCAAGGUUUUUGGAACUUGGCCAACAAAACAUUCUCUCGGAAAACCAGCAACAAGCGCCAAAAGAGGACUUGGAACCAGAUUUGAGUUCCAAAGUAUCAAAAUCACUUGAAGAAUCAAAACCAAAAAGCCCCAAUUAUUGUGAUAUCGCAACAAAUAUGACUGAAAACGCUCAAUCUUCCAUCGCAACUACUGCAACAAAACAAGAAAAUUUAAAUGAUUCUGGAAGCCUGAAAAAUAAAGUUUUCCUUGAACUUGAAAAAUUAGUCCAAAAACUGUAUUAUUCCAAAGAGGUGCCUUACAAUGUUGGUUUAAAUUACUUGAAAAAAAUUAAUAAGGAAGUAGAUGAAAUUAUUACUACAAACAAAGACGUUAAGGAAAAACUAGAUGAAGCUGCUUGUUCUAAUAAUAAUUUCAACCUAAAUGGAUUCAGUUUUACAGGACUAACUAAGGAAAAUGCUAAACCACUUUUAUACCCGGUAAAUUUUGAAAAGCCAAUAGAUUUGAUAAUUGUUCCAGUUACUUUGGAAAAUAAUGUUACACCUACUAACAGUCAAAUUAAUCCUGAAAUUGAGGCCUCUAAGAAAACGCACAACAGAAAAAAAUCUACAAACAAUAAAAACAUUUCAGACUUACUCUCAGAUACAAUUUCUAAAAAACAAAACUGCAAAGAAAAUGUCGAUGAACUGGAAUUGUUAAACGAAAUUGAAGUUUUACUGAAGCAACUCGGAAAUGUUGAAGAGGAGCCUUUGUUGGAAGACAUUUUAAAGUGUUUGCAAGGGUUCAAUGAACAAUUGGAUACGAUUGAUUUAAAAAAACUUGAAGAUGAUCAAAAAAUUGAAGCUGAGAAUAUUGCGGAGACAAGUAAAGAUAAGGGAAUUCAAGAGUUGACAGGGUUUUUACAAUAACAUUUUUUCAGUUGAGCCAAAAUCCAAAUUCGUUUAUUCCAAAAACGAUCUACUUUCUUUGGAACCUUUGCAUGGUAAUCGAAAGGAAAAUCCCACAAGUGUUAGCAAUAAUUAUUCUGAAGAGAAUUCUAAUCCAUUUAGGAAAUUUGUAGAUGUUUACCAAGAACAUUAAUUUGAUGAUAUGAAUGAUCAAAAAAAUCCAGAAGUUGAUGAAUAUUGCGAAAUUGAUAUUUAUAUCUAGUUAUUACUCUGGAACUUAUUUCAAUGAGUUUAUGAACUUUAUCGAAGUUUAUUUGCAAGGUUCAACUGAGUAUUUGACUAACGAACCUUGAAAUUUUACGUUUUUUUUUUUAUCUAGCAGGUAAAUUAGCCAAACGAUUUUUUAAAAAUAAUUCUUUAUUGCAUUGCAAGCUUUUGGUACUAAUUGGCUGAUUUAUUUUGGUAAUUUAUUUUUUUAAUGUUAUAAAUCUGUGCCUUAAAAUAAUUUUGUUCUAAUAAAUAUAUAUUUUUUACGACUCUA